AUGAAAACACUAUACGAACAAGCAGGCCUCGUCUCUCACCAGCUGAUUUUUUUGGCCUCUUAUUCCGUUCCACACAAUACGCCUAUUAUUCCUUUGGUAUCUAGCCCUAUAUCAUCCCGAUUACCCCACCGCGCUCUUUCCAUUGCCGCCUUCCUGUUUCCUGUCUAUGUUCACUCCUUUCAUUACAGCUCUCAUCGUCUGAACUUGGCGUUGGAAGUCGAGGCGUCCUGUUUUGGUUGGCUCCUGGUUCGAUAUUUUAACUUUAUGCUUCAAUUUGCUGUCAUGCCGAAUGCAUUUACUGUGCGAUUUUAA